AGGUCUUCAUGGUUCCCCAUUUCCGUGGCCAAAACUCAUUUAAAUAAGCAAGAAAUUGCACUGUUUAUUGACUUUAUAAGCUCAUCUCAAGAGGCCAUUUUCCUGGUAAAGGGUUGCGAUGGAAAAGCUUGCAAAAACUGCAUACUGUUCUUUGCUUCUGUUUCUUUUGGCAAUGGAGGUGGCUGGCAGGCCCUUGCUGGGAUAUCAUGCUUCUGAUUCGGUUUCAGAUGGUUUAGAUACCGUUCCAGCCAACCGCUCCUCGUUUCUGCUUCUGGGAAGAGGAGGAGAAGAAGUUUCAGAGGAUUGUGAGCAGAUGUAUGGGUUCUUGCCAUGUUCUUAUAGUCCUCUAGGCCACCUCUUCCUUAUUGUUUUGUACGAAUACCUCUUGUACCAUGGAGAGUCCUAUGUUGUCUCUGGAGGGGAACGAAUUUUCCAGAUUCUAGGCCCUGGGGUCUUUGGCGCAAGCGCAUUCCAUGUCCUUGGGUCUCUGCCAGAGGCCUUAAUCCUUCUUGCAUCUGGACUUCUGUAUAGCAAAGAGACAGCUCAAGAGUAUGUUUAUACUGGGGUUGGCUUGCUGACUGGAUCGACAAUCCUGCUUCUCACUCUACUUUGGGGAACUUGUGUCAUUCUUGGCAGUCGAAACCUCUCCACUGAUUCGAAAUCUAAUCCUUCCAUUAGUUCAAAUCCCAAACUCCUAUCAUUUUUGACCGGUUAUGGUAUAACAACUGAUUUGGAGACGAGUUACACUGCAAGGAUCAUGGUUCUCUCAUUGGUUCCAUUUUUGAUCAUCCAGAUCCCGAAAGUCUUCCAGUUGUCUUCUUCAGGCCAAAGGGUUUUCAUUAUGAUCACGCUUGUUACUUCUGUUGCCUUCUUACUCUUGUACUUCUUCUAUCAGAUUUUCGAGCCAUGGAUCCAAAACCGAAGACUAGACUACGUGAAACACGAGCAUUUAGUACUAGAUAUUCUAAAACAUGUUCAGAGACAUGCAAUGGGAAGACUCCUAUCUGAGGAUGGUUCUCCAAACCUAAUGGCUAUAAGAGGGCUAUUUGAGGAAGUAGAUGAAGAUGGAGACAGAAUUAUAUCGUUUGCUGAACUAAGGCAGCUUCUUCAAGAAAUCAAAUACAAGAGAUCACACGCGGACAAGGAUAGAGUUGUAGCAGAGGUGAUGAAAGAGUUUGAUCUCGAUGGGAACAGGAAAAUUACCAUCGAUGAGUUUGUAAGUGGUUUCACAAAAUGGCUCGAUGAGACCAAACGUUCGAUGGAUAAACAGUAUCACUCUGUAAGAUCAUUGAAAGAUUUGUAUCAGAUUUUGCGACCUUGGAUUCAAAAGAGGAGGAAAGAACACGAGAUGAAGGAGCAACUAAUAUCGGAAAUUCUAGCACAUGUUGAGAGCUCUGCAAUAGGUAGAUUGUUCAUGGAAGAUGGAAAGCCAGAUAUACCAGCUAUCAAAAGGUUAUUUGAAAGCAUUGAUCUCGACAAAGAUAAUUCCAUAUCACAAUCUGAGCUGAAGGAGCUCGUAGUGAACAUCAAGUUCCGAAGCAUGCCUCUGGAUGCAGAUGAAGCAGUCGAGAAACUCAUGGAAGAGCUCGACGUAAGUGGAGAUCAAAUGAUCAAUGAGGAAGAAUUCGUGGCCGGAUGUUCAAAAUGGCUCAACAUAGUCAACAAUCAAGCUCCAAACCCAACAACAGCCUCUGAGGAACAACUAUACCAAAGAAAAUGGGAAGAAACCGACUCAUUGGUCGGGGAUAGAAGCACUGUUUACAGGUCCCCAUGGGCUUGGAUGAAGGCCAUAAUGCUUUUGCUGGUGGGAAUUUCCAUUUUAGGAGUCCUAGCUGAGCCACUCAUACAGAGUGUUCAAAACUUCUCGAAAUCAGCCAAAAUUCCCUCUUUCUUCAUCUCUUUUGUGUUGGUCCCAUUGGCUACUAAUGCCAGGGCUGCAAUAUCAGCCAUCACUGCUGCAAGUCACAAGAAGCUGAGAACCACUUCUUUGACAUUCUCAGAGGUGUAUGGAGGUGUGUUCAUGAACAAUUUGCUGGGCUUUUCUGUGCUGCUGUCACUGGUUUAUUUCAGGGAAUUUCCUUGGGAUUUCUCUGCUGAAGUACUGAUUGUUCUGAUAGUCUGUGGUGUGAUGGGUGUUGCUGCCAGCUUGAGCUCCAGCUUCCCCAUCUGGACAUCAAUGGUUGCAUUCCUCCUCUAUCCAUUAUCUUUGAUACUAGUCCUUGUACUCCAUGAUUCUGUUCAGUAACCUUGGUUACAACUCAUUUUCAGAUUUCAUGCUGUUUGAUCCAACAAGUUUUUCGUCAAUUAUCAGUUGUUUAAUGCAACUCUCUUGUUGACUUCUUAAUCUCUUGACAUAUCAACCUAAAAGUAACAUGUAAUCUUCAUAGUAAGUGUCACAUGUCACCCUCUCUUAGAUUGUUAAAGGUAUAGUUCUUGAAAACCAAGCAAUAAAUACCACUAGAAACUAUACCUAAAGGUCACGUCAU